AUCGUCCGCAGGCGUUAUAAGGCCCCCAACCUCUGAGGCGAGAGGUUCAUAUCAAGACGUGUUUACGUUGGGGUCACACACACCCGCUACACCCGUUCCGACACCUCCACACCUUCCCUACACCUAGUGACUACACCUCGUCAUCAUGGACACACUGGACGAAGAACAGCUUUCCGCUCUCAAGAAGGCGUUCGACUCCUUCGACACGGACAGCAAAGGCUUCAUCACCCCGGAGACCGUCGGUGUCAUCCUCAGGAUGAUGGGCGUCAAGAUCUCCGAGAAAAACCUUCAGGAGGUCAUCGCUGAGACUGAUGAAGACGGAUCCGGUGAGCUGGAGUUCGAGGAGUUCGUAGAGUUGGCCGCCAAGUUCCUCAUUGAGGAGGACGAGGAGGCCCUCAAGGCCGAGCUGAGGGAAGCCUUCCGCAUCUAUGACAAGGGCGGUGACGGCUACAUCACGACGGACGUGCUGAGGGAGAUCCUGCGGGAGCUGGACAACAGGUUGACAGAGGCGGACCUGGACGGUAUUAUUGAGGAGGUCGACGAGGACGGCUCCGGCACCCUCGACUUUGAUGAGUUCAUGGAGAUGAUGUCUGGUUAGAAUGUCGCCAGAAAGCAGCAGUUCCGAAAUUCCAGUCAGUUAUGUCCUACCCCGAGAUGUAGUGGUUCGGUUCCUUCAGAGGGCAAAAUCCUUCCCUUCAUUGAGAGGAAUAUUGUAGAGUCCGCUAUCCUGCCUUUCUAGUGAGGGAGAGGAGGAUUCCUGUAGAGACCUGUAUCCUUCUCUAGUUGGAGGAUUUCUGAAGAGAUCUUUAUCCUCCACUGGUGGGAGAAUUUCCCCAAAAAGACUUCUAUUGUUCUCCUCUAGUAGAGGAAUUCCUGCAUAAGACUCCAUUCUGCUCCUCUAAUGGAAAGAGGGGGGAAUUCCUGUUCAGACCUCUAUCUUGUUCCUCUAGCGGCACAUCUCCACCAGAGGGCUAAAUAGUUCUCCCCCUCUUGUGGAAUGUUUCUUCAGAGGGCGCAUUCUCUCUAUCCUGGUCCUCCGCUGUUCUCAAUUCCCUCAGUAGCAGGGAACUUCACCAUUCCUUCCCCCCUCUUCCAUCCUGUCCCAUCCCGAAUCCUUAUCCUGACCCCUACGCAGUGCUAUAUAGUCGUAAUGGCUCGGUGCUUUCCCCCCCUGAUAGCUCCCUUCCUUCGUAUUCUCAACUUUAUGAAAUGCUUUCCAUCUCUUUCUACAAAUAAUGCUAUAAUCAUCGCCAUCUAAGAGUCAUUCUAAGUUAUGUUCAUCAUUGCCACUACUCAUGGUCACAUUCCCUUGUUCAACACAUACCAAUGGCUAGUCAACGCCCAUGCCUCGAUCCUGCUAUAUUCAUACUGAUGACAUAUCAUAUCAUUGAUAUAUCAUAUCAUGAUAUAUCAUUGGCCAUAUUCACACUAAUGAAAUCUAAAUAUCUCUAUGUCAUUCGGGCAUUUCGUGUAGCAGCAUUAUUGACAAUCAUUUUUUCAUUCUAUGUUCAUCUUUCUUUUUUUUUUCAAGUGAUUUGUACAUUUAAAUAAAUAAAAUUUAAAAAUCAUG